UACACACCCACAAAAAUAGGAGACUCCAGCGGCCGUCGGGCGGCUGUUUACCGAGCAAGCAGAGUAGCAGUGAGGAAAGUGACAGCCACACGGGAGGCUCGGUGUAUGGUGAAAGACAGGUGAUUUCAGCUUCCACGGUCGCAUUUUAAAGCGUAAUGUUCACUCGAAGGGGGCAUGGAGACGUCAAGAAAUCUACACAGAAAGUUCUGGACCCAAAGAAGGAUGUGUUUACCCGGUUCAAACACCUCCGGACUCUGUUAGAUAUCAUUGACAAGAGUGAGUUGAAGACAUUCUUUGAGAGCAACAGUUCUCAGAUUUAUUUUAUCUUCUAUGAAAAUUUCAUUACACUGGAAAGCAACUUAAAACAAAAAGGGAACAAAUCUCAAAGGGAGGAGCUGGACUCUAUCCUCUUUAUUUUUGAAAAAAUCCUGCAGAAUCUGCCUGAGAAGCUCUACAACAGAUGGCAGUUUCACAGUAUAGGUUCUAUUCUCAAAAAGCUUCUGCACACUGGAAAUUCAUUCAAAAUUCGCUGUGAGGGGAUCCGUCUCUUCCUGCUGUGGCUGCAGGCCCUAAGGGACCACUGUGCAGAGGAGCAGUUCCUCAUCUUUGCCUGUCUGGUGCCAGGAUUCCCCGCUGUGCCCUCCUCCAGAGGGCCGUGCACCCUCGACACCAUCAUUUACAACCCUUUCUCCAACCCCCCAGAUGCCAAGGUGGUGCCUGAGGAGAUCACCCCACUGGUUCCAGCUGUGGCAGGUGAAAAAGCUGCAGAUGACCUGACCUGUUAUAUCCUAGAAAUACUGCUUAAGUACAUGGUCAUCCAGGCAUCCAGUUUAGAAUGGAAGAACAAAGAGAACCAGGACACAGGCUUCAGGUUUCUCUUCACCCUGUUCAAGAAGUACUACCUUCCACACUUAUUUCCCUCCUUCACCAAGCUCACAAACCUCUACAAGCCUUUAUUAGACCUCCCCCACCACAGACCAAAACCCUUGUAUGUGCCAGUGACACGGAACAAUGAGAGCACCUUCUGCACAAGGGAUCAGUACCUAGCACCUCGUGUGGCCUUCAUCACCUGGCUUGUCACUUUCUUCCUGGAGAAGAAGUACAUCAGCACUGCUGCUUCAGCGCAGAGCGCAAAGAACGGCACCGAGGUCAUUCCCAAACUCAUCCAGACUGUCACUGCAGGCAGUAGCAGCCAGGAGAAGGAUAAGACAUCAGAUGGGGACGCAAACGGACCAGCGGGGGAGCCUGAGAAGAGCCACUCCAACAGUAGCACCCUGUCAGAUCGACGAGCCAGCGAUUCCAGUUUGUGUAGCGUUGAGGAGGAGCACCGCCAUGUUUAUGACAUGGUGCAGUCCAUUCUGCUCUCCACCCGGGACAAUGUGAACUUCGUGAACGAGAUCUUCCACCAGGCUUUCUUGUUGCCAUCCUGUGAGGCUUCUGCAACCAGGAAGGUCAUCAAAGUGUACAGGAAGUGGCUCCUGCAGGAGAAACCCUCUUUCAUGGCAGAGCCCGACAGAACCGCUCGGGAAGAUGAAGUGGACGAAUGCUCCGAACAGAUUAUCAGCACCGAGACAAAUAACAUGCACGUGCAAAUGAUGGAGAGUCACAGUCACAAGCGGUCGUCCAGCUGGGGUAGGACCUACUCGUUCAGCAGUGCCAUCAAUCAGGGCUUCAUCACCGAGGAGGAGAACAGGAACAUCAAAGCCGGCAUCCAGCCAACACUACAGGUGUUUCUGACCAGUUCAUCCAACGUGUUUCUGUUGGAGCCAUGCCAGGAUGUACCAAAACUCCUGGAAAAUCAGGUUGAGGUGUGCAAGGGUGUUCUUAGCAUCUAUCGGCAUAUGAUCAUGGAGCACUCCAUGAAUACACAGACGUGGGAGCAGAUGUUGCAGGUACUACUGAGAAUCACAGAGGCUGUGAUGAAGAGGCCACAGGACAACCAAAGAAAAGACAGCUUUGCUGAAAGUUUAGCAUCUUUGCUUUUUAGGACCAUCAUUGUGGCGUGGGUACGAGCCAACCUGUGCGUAUUUAUCUCCCGGGAGCUUUGGGAUGAGCUGCUGGCAGUGCUGUCCUCUCUUACCUGCUGGGAGGAGCUGGUGACAGAAUGGGCCAGCAUCAUGGACUCGCUUACGGCUGUGCUGGCACGCUCCGUUUAUGGCCUGGACAUGGCCAACCUGCCUCUGGACAAACUCAGUGAACAGAAGGAGAAGAAGCAGAGAGGACGUGGAGUGAUCCAGGACUCUCAGAAGGCAGCAGCAGUUGCACGCUCAUUCUCCCUGAGCUGGAGGAAUCAUGGGGAACAGGGCGGGCCACCAGUACAGGAGCCCAUGAGGACUCGCUCAGCCACUACUUCAGGAGCACCGGGUGUGGAGAAGGCCCGGAACAAUGUCCGACAGAAGGCCUCUGCUAAGCGAAGCCAGUCCAUCAGCAACUGUGUUCAUCUAUACGAGGCUUUGCCCACUACUAAAAGUGUUCCUAUGCUGCUCCACACUGUGAGCUCUUUCUUGCCUGGUAUCUCUUCUGGUAACUCUGCUUGCUCUCACAGACUCUCAGAUGUGGAGGAGUGUCAGCUGUCAGAGUGUGGGGGAGAGGAGGAGCUGGGAGGCAGAGACAGUCCUCUGCCGCGUAGCAGCAGCACCUCAGACAUCACCCAACAGCUGUCUGAGACCUUACCAGUCCAGCAGAGAGAGUACUCGCCUACUUCCUGUGGUUCUGAUAGCAGGAUGUCUGAGGGCAGGACUGAGAGCAGUGAACCACCUGUGAUCCUCAUCCGACGGACCAGCAGCUCAGCUGAGACAGAGUGCAAUACUGAGGGACACGCAAACUACACGAGGCCCAAGCUCAGAGAGAAAAGUGAGAGUGUUAGUAGCGAGACGUCCAAUGGCUACCUCAAUGAAGCUGAAGUUACCUGGCAGGCGUUUGAUGAGGAAGCCGAUAAUCAGUCCACGCAGUCGGCACACAUGGACGUAACAGUUGAUCCUCAGAGCCAGGGGAGUCUGCUGCUCAGCCAUAAUGAAGCUUUAGCAGGUCCUGAGUGUGCUCUCCCUACCCACUCCGCAUCCCCGUCCUACCACCACAACCACCAAAACCACUACCACUACCCCCAGAAUCCCCCCGCUUCACCAGGCCUGCUGGUGCACACAGAGUGCCCACGGGAUUGCCCCCUGGACGACACCAUGCAUCAGUCUGUCUUACACAUGCCACACCACUUGGAUAGCAGUGAGUUUCUGGCUGAUGAUGUCAGCAUCAUUGCUGGUGGGACUCUGACUGGCUGGCAUGCUGAUUCAGCCUUCGUCCUGUGGAGGAGAAUUUUGGGUAUCUUGGGAGAUGUCAACAAUAUCCGCUGCCCCAAAAUCCAUGCCAAGGUCUUCUCCUAUCUCUAUGAGCUGUGGCACAAGCUGGCCAAGAUUCGGGACAAUCUUGGGAUUAGUGUGGACAACCAGUCUUCUCCGCCUCAACCUGCCUUCAUCCCACCUCUUCGAAUGCUUGCGUCCUGGCUUUUCAGGGGCACCAUGCUGCCUGCAGAGUACAAGGCUGGCAAACUGCAGGCCUUCAAGCUGAUCUGUGAGAUGAUGACCAGGCACCAGGAUGUGCUCCCCAACAGUGAUUUCCUGGUGCACCUUUACCACAUCAUGCACAAGGGCUUCAUGAGCGAUGACCCGGAUGUUUUGAACACCAUCAUCCGCUCCUGCUCUCCUCGAUUCUUCUUCCUCGGCCUGCCGGGCUUCACAAUGCUGAUUGGAGAUUUCAUCACUGCUGCUGCCUGCGUCCUCACCUCUGGCUCCUCAGAGGCUCCGAGGGUGGAAGCUCAGACGAUCCUGGGCUCCCUCGUGUGUUUCCCAAACCUCUACCUCCAGAUUCCUAUACUGCACCGUGUGCCUGGCUCUGAUGACAUCAGUGUGAGCAAUGAGGACAUCAAGAAUUACUUGGUCAACAUCCUGCUGGAGACGGCAACGAAGGAGCACUAUGAAGGGGCGAGGUGCAUUGCUGUGUGCAGCCUGGGUCUGUGGGUGUGUGAGGAGCUAAUGCAAAAGAACAUCCACCCCCAGGUUAAAGAUGCCAUCAAUGUUUUGGGAGUGACACUAAAGUUUGGGAACAAAGCAGUGGCGCAGGUAGCCUGUGACGUCUUUCAGCUGCUCAUCUCUCACUGGGAGCAUCUCCAGAGGUUGGAGCCCACAUUCCCAAAGAAAAUUAUUGAGAUCUUUGUGGCCACAAUAGCCUUUUUGUUGCCGAGCGCAGAGCACUCAACGGUGGAAGCGGACAAAAAGUUGAUGGUAUCGCUUCUGCUUUGCCUGUUGGACUGGUGCAUGGCUGUUCCCUUGAGUCUGCUGCUUGAGCCUAUCACCAUGCCGUCACUGGAGGACCACACAGCCCACAAGGCCCCGCUGCUGGACUACAUCUACAGGGUGCUGCACUGCUGUGUGGCUGGGUCCAACCUGCACACCCAGCAGAGCCACUAUCUGCUCACCCUGUCUGACUUGUCCAGUGACUAUGACCUCAUGCUGGGUCAGGUUAAGCGUUGCGAGCCAACCCCGUCACAGACACCCACCAUGGACUUAGGCAACCUACUCACUGUGGCUGAGGAAAAGCGGCGCCGAAACAUGGAGCUGAUCCCGCUGACAGCACGGAUGGUCAUGACACACCUUGUGAACCAUUUGGGCCAUCAUCCCCUGAGCGGCGGCCCCGCUCUCCUCCACAGCCUCGUGAGCGAAAAUCAUGACAACCCAUACGUGGAGUCUUCCGAGCUGUCCUCCGAGGUCUUCAAAAGCCCCAACCUGCAGCUUUUUGUCUUCAACGACAGCACGCUGGUGUCCUACCUGCAAAUCCCUGCCGAGACUCCCACCGUUGGAGAGUCCCUGCACACUUCCUCCCAAGUACGCGUCAUUGUCCGGGACAUCUCGGGCAAGUACUCGUGGGAUGGUGCCAUCCUCUACUGCACCGCACAUGAAGACUUUGAUGUGGGAGCCUUUAAACCAGUUGACCCUUCCCUUUCUGCAGCCACUGCAGUCAGCCACAGCAGCAACCCGCCCCCCUCCCCAGUAGCAGGACCGCACAAGCGUCAUUGCUCAGGCUCCGAUUGCCUCUCAAACUCUUGCGAGGAGGAUGAGUUUGAUGUUCUCGAUAAGCUUUUGGAGGACCUCGGACACAGCAGCCCAGAAUGUCUUCCCCAGCCACGACUUAAGCUUAACCAGCCGGCCGCAUCACCACACGGAAUGAACCUAGAGCAAGAGAACGCCAUCCUGGAAGCCAUUCAUCGUCAGACUCAGCAGGAGGAGGAGCAAGUGAGGAGGUGGGAGGCUGAUGUAAGCUUUCGGGCUGACUGCCAGAGCGAACCGUCCCACCAGGAACCAAAAGCUCCUUUUUACUUCUGCCGGCUGCUGCUUAAUGAUCUUGGGAUGAACUCUUGGGAUCGCAGGAAAAGCUUCCAUUUGCUGAAGAAAAACUCUAAACUCUUACGGGAACUGAAGAACUUGGACUCCAGGCAGUGCCGAGAGACGCACAAGAUUGCUGUGUUCUACAUUGGAGAAGGCCAAGAAGACAAGUGCUCCAUUUUGUCUAACAGCACAGGAAGCCAGGACUAUGAAGACUUUGUAUCUGGACUGGGAUGGGAGGUGGACCUAGCCACGCACUGUGGCUUUAUGGGCGGGCUCCAGAGGAAUGGCAGCACAGGUCUAACGGCUCCUUAUUAUGCUACCUCCACUGUGGAAGUUAUUUUCCACGUCUCAACGCGUAUGCCAUCUGAUUCUGAUGACUGCCUCACCAAAAAGCUGCGUCACCUGGGAAACGAUGAGGUGCACAUAGUGUGGUCCGAGCACACCAGGGACUACCGGCGCGGCAUCAUCCCAACUGACUUUGGAGAUGUGCUGAUAGUCAUCUACCCAAUGAAGAAACACAUGUAUUUCAUCCAGAUCAUGAAGAAACCACAGGUUCCCUUCUUUGGCCCUCUGUUUAAUGGCGCUAUCGUCACUGGAAUGCUGCUGCCAAGUUUAGUACGGGCUACCUGUAUCAAUGCCAGCAGAGCUGUCAAGUCCCGGCUGACUCUCUACCAGAGCUUCUAUGAGGAGCGGGCACUCUACUUGGAGGCCAUUGUUCAGAACCAUAGAGAGGUCAUGACCUUUGAAGACUUUGCCUCACAGGUUUUCUCCCCCUCCCCUGGAUAUCCAAUGAGUGGGACAGGGUCUUUCACCGGCAGCGGAAGCACCGAAGCCGGAAGCAUCACCACCACAACAACAGAUUCAGUCGACCAGGUGUCUCCCACCAUGCCCCGUGCCACAAAGAACAGAGUUUCCGGGAAACUCCGCCGAUCAGCCAGCGCUAUAAGCAAAUCCUCCAACUGAGCUCUUCAACCCAUCCCCCUCUUCCCCCUACCCGAGUGCCGCCUUCAGUCUUUUCUCGAAAAACCUCACAAACUCAGCCGAGACUGCAAGAAAUUACUUUGAUGUUUCGUUUUUUUUUUCCGUUUUUGUGACAUAUAAACAUUAACUGGAGCAUACGGCAAUUUUUAAUUUAAGUGGCGAUCAUUGAUUUCUUUGUCAGUACAUUUCACUUUGUUGUGGUGUUAACUGAGACAGGUGUGUACGUGAAAGUAAGCUAUUUAUGUUCGUUGGUUUCAGCAUAGGAGGCACCUGCAAUGAUUUUAUCCUCAUUUUCUAGAGCGCUCGCGUGCGCUAGAAAAACACUUAAAGUUCUUACUGUAGUAAGGUAAUGGGAGACUGUUUUACCCUGUUUCUGUAGUUCCUCUGUCCCAGCACUUCAUGUAACAAAGCACUGAUGACGCAGCUGUAAAUGACACCACGCUAAAACUGCACAAGAGUUUGGUAUCCAUUUAUAAAUAAGUCUGCCUUUUAUACCUCUGUUUGCAUCCGCCACAGCCUCUCUGUGUCAAAGAUACCAUUUCAGUUAGCGGCAGUGUGAUGCCGUCCCAUCCACGUUGGGGAAUGAUGUUCCUGCAGGGAAAAGCACCAAUGGAUGGGGAAAGCCUCCCCUGAAUGUUUCGCAUUCGCUGCACUAGUACACGGGAGUCCCUGCAGCAUGUGCAGCCAGAGGCUGUUUAAUUGUUUUGAACUCGGAGUGGACAAUCGAUGACGUCUUUCUAACUUGAGCUGAAAUGACAUUUGGGUUUCGUUUUUUUUACUACUCUAAUUUUCCUUUUUAAAUGAAUUCCAAUGGAUCGCGUCAUUAUUUGAUUUAUGCAACUGCGCUGGAAUGAGAAAACACUGCGUUUGUAAUUGUUUUCUGAUGUCGUUAACAUAGGCUCAUGUCCGGUAAUUAAAUAAGUUCCUCCUGUCUCUUUCCUCUGCUAUCAGUUUCCCUGUCCUGUAAAGCCGAGACAUCGACAUUCCAACAUUCCCAACACACGCAGACCACGGUCUUUGCACUCACUCUUGUCAGUUAACAUCAAAUGCUUCUUUGUUCUUGGAUGUAAAUUGCUUUAAAUAUUAUUUGUUGAUGUCAGUCUGUUGGAUGGACUGUUUGAAUUAUCUUUUGCGGUGUUGUGUGUUUGUGUGGUGUUUAAAGGAAAAAUGCCGCCAGAGCCUCAGGUAACUCCAUGCACUGGUGUGUGUGUGUGUGUGUGUGUGUGUGUGUGUGUGAGAGAGUGUGUUUCUGAGGGAGCUUCUCACAGUGCCUGUGUAAUGUCUGUCUUCUAAGAUGAUGUCCCACAUUAUUUCCACGCCCCACAAUCAAAUCUCAGCGUCCCGUCUCCUCCUCCUCCUCAGGAGUAAAAAAACAAAACAAAAAAAAGUCUCUUCCUCCCUCUGCGUCUCUCAAGUUCACGUCUCAUGAAAACAGCAACAGAUGUAUUUUUGCUCUUUAUUUAUUGGUGGUGUGCUGCCACCUUCUUUGUGUCAGUGGCAUCCAUUCGUCCUCUUUCCCAUGAUCCUCUUCCCAUGUCAUGGCCUCCUGAGGCCACGGGAGGGGAUGGCGGUGGGGAGGAGGAGGGGGCUGGGUUUAGGUGGCAUGCCAGAGCUGAACUCUUAACAGCCCUCCUAGCAACAGCCAGCCCGCCUCUCGCACUCCUCCAACCUGCCAGCUCGAGUUGUCAUGGUAGCCAGGUGUCCCCCGCCUCCCCUCCCUCCCACUCACCCACUCACUCGCAAACAUACUCACUCACAUAAACACACUAUAGACUCUCACCCUCUGAGGGCUCCACCUAAGCUGCAACACUAUCCCCCAUCUGUUGCACUACUAUGCCUUACUUUCCCUGCGUUCCUCUGUCGGUUUCUCCACAUCUCACCUCCUGUUGGUCCGUUCCCCGAGCAGGAUGUGAGGAAUCCCCGCAGCAGGAGGAGGACUGACAGAUCUGUGCUCUCUUUAUUUUAUGUGUUGUCAUUUUUGAGGAAUGUAUAGAUAUAUAGGCCUGGAUCACAUCUAUGGUUUUAAUUUUCCCCAAAGCCACUUGAAGGAACUGACCAUGAUGUUGAUCCAAAGAUUGUAGCUUAUAGAAUAUGUCUGUUAAAGGAGGGCUCGCGCCUUCCUUUCGGAGGAUUAGUCACUGGAGGUGUUAGUUCGGACCAAGAUUGUGUGUCUUAUACGCGUGAAGAAAUUGAGAUAGUCGUAGUUUUAGUUAUUUUCUCCUUCUCGUUUUAGAAAUCCUUGUACAUUGUGUCAAAUUUGAGGGCUUCAUUGCCCUCAGGAUAUAAAUAUAUUAAUGCCUGUAAUAUAAUCUUUGUAUAAGAGGGGGGAAAAGCUUGAAACUUUCAUCAUUACUUGUCAACAUAUCAAACUGUUUUUAAUGACCGAAGUCCUGCUAUCUUUAUUAGAAAUGUGAAAACUGAAACAUUUCAUUAAAUCAAUUUGAAAUUCUA